AUGUUUCCAAGACGAGGACACGGCGCAUAUGGCGGAGGCUUCGGAGGCGGUUAUGGAGGUAGCUCAGGAUUCGGGGGCAGCUCCAGCUUUGGGGGUCGCUAUGGCGGCGAUGGCUUCGGCGGCCCACCGCGAGGCGUAUCAGUCCCUCUCAACUUUGACCCUGAAGCCCUGGCAGAUGAAUUCAUCAAUCUGCCAGAGAUGCAGCAAAUGAAGCAGGACAUAAUGGCGGCUGGGGAGGAUCCGAGCACAUUCUGGCCCUUUUGGUUACGGGAGAAUCCCGGUCGCUAUCCCGAAAUCGAGCAAUACUUAGGUGGCGCAGCACAUAGCAUUUUUGGGGCUGGUGGAAUGACUUCUCGUAGAGGCGGCGGGCGGACGAGUGGGCUGAGUUCUUCCCGAAGCUUUCGGGGAACAAUAGGAGGACGUGAUAGGCAGAUGGGUGGAAUGAGUUCUCGUGGAGGUUUCGGCGGAGUGAUGGGAGGAGGUGCGUUUGGGUCGGAAUAUGGGGAAACGAUGGGAGGAGGAGGCUCUCGUCGAGGAUUCGGGGGCCCAACUGGCGGAGGAACUUCUCGUACAGGCUUUGGAGGCCCAACUGGUGGAGGAUCUACUCGUCCGGGCUUUGGAGGUCCGAUGAGCGGUGGAAGCUCAAGGCGAAGGGGCACUGGAAGUCAAUUCGGAUCAAGAAUGGGCGGAUUCUAA